AUGAGUCUUGUCCCUUCUUUGAAACUCAAUAGUGGGUACCACAUCCCUCAAAUAGCUUUUGGAACAUUCGAUUCUCCAAAAGAUGACGUUAUUAAAUCAGUCGAAUAUGCAAUUGAUACUGGGUUCCGACAUAUCGACUGUGCCAUAUUCUACAAUAAUGAGGUGGAGGUUGGACAGGCUAUUGCUGCAGGAAUGAAGAAGAACAACCUGAAACGUGAAGAUUUAUUCGUAACAUCAAAGUUAUGGUGUGACAUGCACGCUCCCGAAAAUGUACGCAAAUCUUGUGAACAGUCGAUUAAAAAUCUUGGAGUGCAGUAUCUUGACCUUUAUCUGAUACAUUGGCCCAUGUCCUUCCAAUUUAAGAAAGACGUUCCCUUUGAUAUUAUGGAUUCCAACACCCUGGUCUACGAGCACCAUAAAAUUGAAGAUACCUGGAAAGCUAUGGAGCAGUUAGUGACUGCCGGUCUCGUAAAAUCCAUUGGUGUCUCAAAUUUCAAUAAAAGACAAAUUGAGAGAAUUAUUGCCCAAUCCAGCAUUGCUCCUGCAGUUAAUCAAGUUGAAGUAAACCUUCAUUGGCUGAAUGAAAAACUUAUCGAAUUUUGUCAUUCCAAGAACAUUCACGUCGAAGCCUAUGCUCCCCUAGGGUCUCCUGGCUUUAUGAAGGGCCAAGCACAACCACUGGUGCAACAACCGAAUGUGGUUGAAAUCGCUCAAAAGCACAACAAAACACCCGGACAAGUUCUUCUUAGACAUGCCCUCCAACGAGGUAUCGUAGUUCUUACAAAGAGUGUCACACCAGAUCGAAUAGCAUCGAAUUUCGAAGUAUUUGAUUUCAUGUUGACUAAAGAAGAGAUGGAGAAACUCAACAAAACAGGCAUGAAUCAGCGUAUUUUCCACGUUCCUGCGUUUGCCAAGCAUCCAGAAUAUCCAUUUCACGAUGAAUACUAA